UUCCAGGUGGUAUAUUGGCAAAUACACAGGAGGGAUCUCAAAGACACAAGGUUUUUCCAGUAUGAACCGGGCUUUUAACAGGAAAAAAGAUAAAUCCUGGAUGCACACUCCAGAUGCACUGGCAAAGCAUUACAUACCCUACAAUGCCAAGUUUCUUGGAAACACAGAAGUUGACCAACCGAAAGGCACAGAGAUUGUUAAGGAAGCAGUUAGAAAGUUAAAGUUUCAAAGGCAUAUCAAGAAGUCAGAGGGACAGAAGACACAAAAAGUGGAAUUACAAAUCUCCAUUUACGGAGUGAAGAUCUUAGAUCCCAAGACAAAGGAUGUCCAGUACAACUGCCAGUUGCAUAGGAUAUCCUUCUGUGCAGAUGACAAGACUGAUAAAAGGAUAUUCACCUUCAUCUGCAAAGACUCCGAAUCAAACAAACACCUCUGCUACGUGUUUGACAGUGAAAAAUGUGCAGAGGAGGUAACACUCACUAUUGGCCAGGCGUUUGACUUGGCCUACAAGAAGUUCCUCGAGUCUGGUGGGAAAGAUGUGGAGACACGGAAACAGAUAGGAACCUUACAGAAAAGAAUUCAAGAACUGGAAACGGAAAAUUCUGGGCUAAAGACGCAGCUUUGGGAACUGGAGGAGCAAUUGAUGAUUGCUCCUGUACCACCACAGCUGCACAUAAACUCUACUAACGAGGCCUACAUGCUCUCAAGACCCUCCUCGCUCUUCUGGUGUCACAAUCUGACGUCCUUCUCGUGUCUCGAGAUCUCCUCGGUCACACUCACCCCUAUGAGCUCGCCCGAGUCCAACCUCUCGGCAGGCCUACUAACCCCUCCUCCGGCUAAGCCUGCUCUCCUCCCAAAGCCUGCCGACGGGUGCAGCAUCCCGCGGCCUCGCGCUGGCAGCAUCUCCUUGAAACCCCCGAUGUCCACAGACGUUUUUGACAUGGUUCCCUUCUCUGCUGUCACACCCCUGGUGCCAAUUCCCGCAAGCAACGGCACACCCCCUCCCCCCACUACAACAUCUCCUCCAGACAUGAGUAAAGACCUUUUUGGAGCGGAACCUUUCGAUCCGUUCACCUGUGGGCAAGCCGACUUCCCCCCGGAUAUCCAGUCCAGGCUGGACGAGAUGCAGCGUCAGAGAUGGAGGGGUUCAAAAUGGGACUAA